AUGCAUCUCGUUCAAUACUCUACAGCGCUUGGCGCUUUAGCAGCAUUAAUUUACUAUGUAGCUCCUUAUCUACUUGAUCCAUACGACUACCGCCGUCGCUUCCCAGGACCUCCACUGGCCGGGCUCACCAACUGGUGGAUGUCCAAUGUUGUACGAGCCGGCAAUCACAGUGAGGUCGUGUGGCGUUUGCACGAGAAAUAUGGCACCUUUGUACGAUUGGGUCCUAAUCAUAUUAGCAUCGCCGAUCCAGAUGCGCUUGAAGCAGUCUAUGGACACGGUAGCGGAGUUUUGAAGUCCGACUUUUACCGUUCGUUCCAAAGUGGUCCCAAGGCAAAUGUAUUCGACACUUCUGAUAAGAUCGAGCACUCAAAGAAGCGCAAACGCCUUGCAAACAUCUUUAGCCCGCAGAAUGUGACUUUUGAGCCUCGAGUACGCAGUCACAUUCGGCAGCUAUGCGCACAAUGGGACCUGAGAUGUGAGGAGGCUGCUCGCGGAUUCUCCGGUGUGAACUGGGUCUCAAACAGCGGGCAGGCGGUGAUGAACGUUUGCGCACCUUUCCUACCUUGCGUUCGAUAUCAUUGGGGAUCUGCGCUGGGAUCACCUUUCAGGCUCAUCCAGGCUCAGAAGGACUCGUCGCUAUCUAUUGAAUCCGUCGAUGCGUCCGGAGAGCCUGUGCUAGGGGCAGUAGAAAUUCCGGUGAUCAAAACCCUAGCCGACUCGGGGCGCGACAUUGUCACGCUGGGCGUCUUCCCUCUGUGGACGCGCAAGUUUCUCCAAUUACUUCCGUGGAACAUCUCGGGGGUCGCAGACCGAAUGAGUUUAGUCAAAUUGGCCCAGGCUUCAGUAGAUGCAAGGUUGAAGCGAGGCUCCAGAAAGAACUCGGAGGACGCGAAGCACAGUAUUGACCUUAUUGACAAGCUCCUUGAGGCAAAAAACGAGGAUGGGAACCCUCUGUCGUUUGAUGAGUUAUGGGCAGAAGCUUUACUGUUAAUAAUUGCUGGAAGUGACACACGAGCAAUACCUGGGCUCUUUGUCAAGGAGCGACUGGUAAUUCCACCAUACGAUGCGAUAGCAAAUUACGACGAUAUCAAGAGUCUUCCGUAUCUCAAUGCCUGCGUCAAAGAAGCAUUGCGCGUUCAUUCCACAGUCGGCACAGGCAUGCCUCGUGUUGUUCCACCUGGCAAGUCGAUCACCGUUGCUGGCCAGACGUUCAAAGCAGGAAGCCGAGUUUCGGCCUGGACGUUGGCUGGAGGACAAUGCGCAGUCUCUGAACAAGUACUUUGUGCCAUUCUCUAUAGGCCCGAGGGCUUGUCGCUUCCUACGACAAAGAUGGUUAUCCACGAGACAUUUGCACGAGGAGCGGCCCACUGCGAAGUCGCUAUUCAUCGGAGGACCACCUCAUGA